CUACUAUUAUGCAUGCACACGGUUAUUGGUUGCAUUUUGUAACUCUCUGUCUCUAGUAGACUUCUUUGGGGUCAGUCAUUGUCAAAUCAGAUAGGGCUGCACCGACUCAGAUUUUGUUUACAGCUUGCAUAUUUGUUGUUUGUGACCUAAAAUGAAGGUUUGUUAAGUAUUUUUAUUAUUUGUAUUAUUAUUAUUAUUAUUAUUUUUAUUUUUUUUGCAAGUUUAAGAUAUUUAGUAUUUAUUUCCAGGCCAAAAAAAGUUGCAUCUGGAAAGCCAUGUGUAGUUAAUGAGAUCUGAAGGCUUAUGAUUGGACUCAUACAAAUUCCAUCCAUACGUCCAUCUUCUAUAGCCGCUUGUCCUAUGUAGGGUCGUGGGUAGUGCUGGAGCCUAUCCCAGCUGUCUUGGGCCAAAGGCAGUGAAACAUCCUGGACAGGUGGCCAUUCCAUCACAUGGCUAACACACACAGACAUACACAUUCAUCUACGGGCAAUUUAGAGUUUCCAGUUCACUUAAACAGCAUGUUUUUGGACUGUGGGGGAAACUGGAGCACCCGGAGAAAACCCACGCGAACACUGGGAGAACAUUCAAACUCCACACAGAAACGACCGCCAGCACCAUGUCCUCCUCCUCUUCUCCCUACAAUAAGACCAUGCCAAAAGAGCCACCGAUCCCCAAAACAUCUCAUACAACCAGUGCCAGAAGUACGAUUCACUCAUACUAAGCAAGUCCCAACAGUGUUUCUAGAGAGAGGGGUCGGCCAAUCUAUUCUUGGACCGCCUCCCAUAGGCACUUCUGCAAGACAUCUCACUAUGAACUUUGUGCCUGGUCGUUAUCCUUAUCCAUGUGGAUCACACAUCAGUAGGGAGAGUUCUGUGCAGAGCCUAGACCGAAAGAGGGAGAAUAUGUUAAACAUAGCAGGGAAAAGUGAUGUAAAGAUGAGAAAAUCAAACACCGAUUUAGACACGGGAAAGGGGGAAGUUACCAAUGGACAAAUUCAUUCUUCAGUGCUAGAACAAGGAGAACCAGCUUUGACAAAUCAGAGAGGUAGACCAAAUGAACUGGGGGAGGAGUCUGCAAAUGGAAAUCAAUUACAGCAGCCACCAAAAGCAAACUCAGCAGAGAUAUCAGACCAUGAAGAGGAAGAAAGUGGCACUGCACAGUUUGAAGAUGAGAGCAUGUAUCAGAACAGAGCAGCAGAGGUUCAGGGUGUUGGUACCUCUCUUAAAGUGACCAUCCAGCGCAGUAGUGAGAGUCGAGCCUUCAGCACUAAACCUGAUGAGAUGACAGCAGGUGCAGGCCAUGAUGGCGAGAGAGAGAAAAGCAAGCACACUGUCAAAUUCACCUGCUACAUUUGCAAAGUCACCUGUCCUGACCAGCAAGGCUUCCAGGCACACAUGAUCAGUUUGGAUCAUCAGCAGCGUAUGAUAGAAAUUCAGAAUGCAAGUAAUGCCUGCUUGGCCACACUGUCACCCCAAGCCCAGGAGCCUCUGCAAGGCACAAACAGAGGCAGGAGGAUGGGUCAUCAGCGCUGGUGUCCUACCUGCCAGUGUCAUUUUUCCGGAGACCUUAUAGAGCACAGACAAACAAAGAAACACAAGCUGGCAAAAGUCUCCUCUAGACCUUUCUGCACUCUGUGUGAACGCUACUUUAGAACUCCUCGCAAGUUUGUGGAGCAUAUGAAGUCUCCUGAACACAAGCAGAGGGUUGAGGAGCUAAAAGACGAGGGUGACCCAGAGGUUAUGGAGGAGCUCAUAACAGUAGAUGCUAUCGGCUGCUUUGAAGGGGAGGAUGAUUAUGAAGAGGACAGAAAUGAAGAUGAUGUUCCAGUGUUUGAGAAGCAUCCUGCUCAUAGGGAGAUUCUUGAAGAGGUGACUGAUUAUAAGGUGUAUGAUCCAAACACACAGUAUGGUACUAGUUUUGUGGUCCCUGUCGCUGGAUUCCUCUGUAAGAUAUGUCAUAAAUUCUACCACUUUGAGUCGUCUGCACGGGAAACUCACUGCAGGUCUCUUAUGCAUUUCCAGAACUUACAGAAGUACAACACCCUGAAGACGCAAAAGAAGCCACCUCAUGAGGAGUCUGAGAGUGAUGCCUCAUGUAGCAGCAUCAUGGGGAAUCCUCGAGACCUGGAGGUCAUUGCUAACUGCUCCAAUGAGACUGAGAUUUCUGUCAGCAGCCAAUCAGAUCUCAACAAAUCACAUAGCCGCCCCUCGAGAAAACGCUCAAACUCAAGAAAGCUUAAGCCAUUUAAAAGGCAUCCCAAAUCCAAGACUCUAUGCUCAAAAACUGCUGCAGCUUCACAGAACCCAACUGUCAUCAUGCAACACUUAAUAUGUACUCCAGACUUUGGCUCAAUGUCUAGCAAAGAGUCACUCCAUCGUAAAAGUAAGAGGCCUGAUUCUGGUGUUCAGCUACAGUGCUCAGAAUUUGAAUCCAGUGAAAAAUUAAAAAGCCCCUGUGACACAAACUGUUGUUUAGAAAAGCAAGAAAAUGGGAGCACAACACCCACACACAGUUUGUGUUAUGCAUCACAGCUGAACUCAGAGAAAAAUGUUACACAACCAAUGAAAUUUCCACAAACAAUCAGCAAAGACCAAACAAAAAAAUACCCCUAAUGUUCAAAAUUGUUCAGGCAACAGUAAAAGCCCUGUGAAAACUGUGAAGAAAACCUGAGAGAAUGCAAUACACCAGUCCAACAGUGUCACAAAAUGCCUAUUACUAUUUUGUAAUACUUAUGAAUGCUUUAUAAAUGUGUCAUUUAACGUUGAAUAUGAGUGUAUUUUAAAAAAUCAGUAAUGGUUAGCACAGAUAUCUGUACUCUCUGUACUAUAUGCAUAUCUGUAAAAGAUUGCAUAUGAUGCUGCUGAAGCAGAUAACGUUUUAAGGCAUUGCUCAAUUGUACAGCUAUAGUGGACGCCAGCAAAAUUUGAACCUGAUCUCCUGUUCAUGGUGUGGUGCUUCUGACACUGAAGCACCAUAAAGUCUGGCAUCUUGUCUAUGAAUUUAAAUCUUUUUAUUAACUAUUUGUGCAUGGGUUUCAAUGGUAAAAAAGUGUUUGGUCAUUUCGAUUUUAUACAUUUUUUGGGACAUUAGACAUUUUCUGAGGCACCUUGGUCAGCUUUGUUUAACAUUUGUGGCAAAAGAACACAAAACUCUUCAGACUCGCUUCUGAAGAACACUCAUUCUCACUUUCCUACAUUUCUAUAUUCCUAUUUUUUAUGCAUUUUGUUGGUAACACUUUGUUUUACUUUAUUAUGAUUUAUAAAUGAGUAAUAGUAAUUUAAAAUCAAUUCUAAAUGUAACUGUAAGCCAGUGUAAAGACAUAAGGACUGGAGUAAUGUGCUCAGAUUUUUUGGUUCAGGGAAGAAUCCUGUUAGCAGCAUUCUGAAUGAGCUGCAAGACUUUUUGGGAAGGCCGGUGAGGAGUUCUUUGCAGUAGUCUACCCUACUGAUGAUGAAUGCAUGAACAAGUUUCUCUAAGUCUUGAUUGGAUACAAAACAUCUAAUUUUCGCAAUAUUUUUGAGAUGCUAGUAGGCUGAUUUAGUUAUUGCUUUGAUGUGACUACUGAAACUAAGUGCUGACUCCGAAAUGACACCAAGAUUCCUUACUUGAUUUUUUUGUCUUUAGACCCCCUGGAGUCAAGGUAUGUGUUCAUCUUGGGAAUUUCGAUUUUGUUGCCAAAUACAAUGACCUCUAUCUUGUUGUUUAACUGAAGGAAGUUUAGGCACAUCCAACUUUUAACUCAAUCAACAGAGAGUCUAUGGGGCUGUAGUCAUUUGGCGAUAGGGCUAGGUAAAUCUGGGUGUCGUCUGCAUAGCUAUGGUAUGCAAUUUGGUUCCUUUUCAUAAUUUGGCCUAUGGGUUGAACAGGAAUGGUGCAAGAAUUGAGCCUUGUGGGGCUCCAUAGAUCAUUGAUGUCCACUCAGAUUCAUAGUUCCCUAUGUUCACAUAGUAGCCUCUCACAUCUAGAUAUGACAUGAACCAGUUGAGAACCAUCCCAGAGACCCCUACCCAGUUUUAAAAUCUGUCUAGUCUGUAAUUAAAUAUUGUUCAUUGUUAGUUCAUGCAAUAUAUAACAUAUAUUUUAUUGUAUAACUAGAAACUGGAAUCAAUGAAUUACAAACAUAAUACCAUAGAAAACACAUAUGGGUCGUAUACUAGAACCCACUUAUGCAUUCUUUACCUAUUGCAGUAACUAAUUUUAACAGAUAAAUCAUUGGCGAGUUUUGAUGCUGACUACCACCCCUGGAGUCGUGAGUUCGAAU